AGCCGGGCGGCUGCGGGUGUGCGGGGCGAAAGCUGCGGGCUCCGCUCGGCCUCGACCCGGCAGCGGACGGAGCGGGAGCGGCCGCGGCCACGCCGGGGAGGUGUCUCCCCUCCGGCUCCCAGCGCGAAGGCGAGAUGGAGGGAAGGCCUUGCAUCACUGUGUAACGAAAAAGAAAAGUUGGCCAUAUGCUUAUGAAAAUUGGGAACAUGGAAGACCUAUGGCUAAUACAAUAAUGAGACUCCCGUAGAAGCCUGGAAAAUGAGAAGAGGCUGAAUUGUGUUGAUAUUUGCAAACAGGAUAUGCUCCAGAAGAAGAAUAAUGCUGUUUUGGUGGAUGGGGUCAUCCUAAAUGGUCCAAUAAUGGACUCAAAGGCAGGAGAGAAGUUUGUGGAAGAGGCUUGUAAGAUUAUAAUGGAAGAAGUCAUCCAGAAAGCUGGUGAUGUAACAGAAAAGGUUUGUGAAUGGCAAGCUCCUGAAACACUGAAACAGAUUAUUGACCUGGAAAUGAGGGACACUGGAGAAUCUCAUCAGAAACUCUUGCAGCUCUGCCGGGAUGUUAUACAGUACAGCGUCAAAACCAGUCAUCCAAGAUUUUUCAAUCAGCUGUAUGCUGGAAUAGAUUAUUACUCAUUAGCCGCUCGUUUCAUUACAGAAGCACUGAACCCAAGUGUAUACACAUACGAAGUAUCCCCUGUGUUUCUCUUGGUGGAAGAAGCAGUCAUCAAGAAAAUGAUUGAGUUCAUAGGCUGGGAAGAAGGUGAUGGCAUAUUUAAUCCAGGUGGCUCUGUUUCUAAUAUGUAUGCUAUGAACUUAGCAAGAUACAGAUUUUGUCCUGAGAUAAAGGAAAAAGGGCUCUCAGGUUUGCCAAGACUUGUCCUGUUCACUUCGGAAGAGUGUCAUUACUCUAUGAAGAAGGCAGCCUCCUUCUUGGGUAUUGGUACAGAGAAUGUUUACUUCAUCAAAACAGAUGAAAGAGGUAAGAUGAUACCUGAGGAACUGGAGAAACAAGUCCAACGUGCCAGGAAAGAGGGGUCAACACCAUUUCUUGUCUGUGCUACAGCAGGCACAACAGUGCUGGGAGCAUUUGAUCCUCUGGAUAAAAUUGCUGAUGUCUGUGAAAAGCAUGCCCUCUGGCUUCACAUUGAUGCUUCUUGGGGUGGUUCAGCUCUGAUUUCAAGGAAGCAUUGCAGACUUCUUCAUGACAUCCACAGGGCUGAUUCUGUUGCCUGGAAUCCCCAUAAAAUGCUGUUGGCAGGAAUCCAGUGCUGUGCUCUUCUGGUGAAAGACAAUUCUGGCCUCCUGAAGAAGUGUUACUCUGCCAAGGCAUCGUACCUGUUCCAGCAGGACAAGUUCUACGAUGUCAGCUAUGACACUGGUGACAAGUCCAUUCAGUGCAGCAGACGUCCAGAUGCAUUCAAAUUCUGGCUGAUGUGGAAAGCAUUGGGGACCACAGGCCUUGAGGAGAGAGUGAACAGGGCACUGGCUCUGGCUAGGUAUCUUGCAGAGGAAAUCAAGAAAAGAGAAGGCUUCCAGCUAAUCUUGGAGCCGGAGUAUGCAAACGUUUGCUUUUGGUACAUUCCACCAAGCUUAAGAAAAAUGGAGGAAGGACCUGAAUUUUGGCAGAAGCUACACCAGGUUGCUCCUAUAAUUAAAGAAAGGAUGAUGAAGAAGGGCAGCAUGAUGCUUGGGUACCAGCCUCACCAGGGCAAAGUCAACUUCUUUCGCCAGGUGGUGAUCAGCCCGCAAGUUAGUCGAGAGGACAUGGACUUCUUGCUGGAUGAAAUUGAACUUCUUGCUAAGGACUUGUAGCUGUAGCCCCACAACACCAAGCGCUGCUCACACAUGCUAUUUAUGGAGAGAAAGAAUGGCAGCAGUGUCCUGGUGCUAUUUUGUGAAAGGUAGUAAAAAGACAGACAUAUAGUUUGGAAACUUUCAUUUUACAGAGUGAUGUUGAGAGCUUUGCAGGUAGAACAGCCCUUCACAGGAAAGUAUUUGCUGAUGGGGCUGAGAGUGGCAAGGGCAGGUUGGUGCUUGCAGCACCCCUGCUGCCAUUCUGGGAAGUGCUUCCUUGAGAAGAGGAACACUUCUGAAAAUGGUGUCUAUGUCCCUGGGAGGGCAGGGUACCUGUGCACAGUGUAGCUCCAACUGGUCACUUACGUAUGCAGGAAAUACUCCUCUGAAGUUAUGUUUAGGAGUGGAUUUAGCUCAGUGAGCUUUGAAAUGCUAGUGAACACUGUCUACUCAGACAAUAUUUUAGUUUAGUAUGUGUUUAACGGUAGAGGCCUAGUUGGUAAUUACACUGGUAAGACUGGAAAUUGUGAACUUGUAGGAAGCGUUCCUUAAGCCUUUAACUAGGUAGAUUACCCAGGUUUUCCACCAUGACCACAGUCAGCAUAGAGUUGUGCAGUUGCCAUCCUGGGAGGUUUUCACGACCCAUCUGCCCAAGGCCCCAAGCGACCAAUAUUGAUCCUGCUUUGAGCAUAUGGUUCUAGAAGACCUUCUGAGGUCUCUUCCAGCCUAACUGGUCUUGAGAUGCUAUGAAAUGCAAUUAUUUGGCCUAAUCAGUGUUCGCCAAUGUUGCUCUCCCAAAAUAUCACCACCGCUUUAGCAGAGCUGAGAAUACUGGAAUAGCACUUAGAACUUCUUCCUUUUUUGUUAACAGGAGCUAUCUGUCAUUUCUCCUGAACUCUCAGGUGAACUCCUGUUCACCUCCCUCUGUUUUUAAACCAUAAGAUUUAUUUAGUAGCUUUUAGAUGCACUUUAUAACAGAGUAAAAAUAAAUGUAUCUACCUGAAAAAAAAAAAAAAUAUAUUUAUGCAUGGUAACUAUAUAUUUAGAGUAUAGCAAAAUAACUUAUUUGUCCUUGUCUGUAUUUUCCUGCAGAUUUGAGAUAACUCAAUGUUAUGUUAUCAGUAUAUAAUUUAUAUUUUGGCACUAAGAUUAAGGUGGUGGUGAUCAGUGAAACUUGCCUGUGGUUUUAGGAUAUGAACGGUCUGAGUAUUUUUGGUCAAUCUUAAAGUGCAAAAUUAAAUGCUAAGCUUGAUGUUUGUGUUAAGAAUUACAGUUUACUUUUGUUUUGGUCUAUAAAAUUAUCCAUUUUAUAAAGGUAGAAAUUGAUUUAUUGGGGUGAAGUUCUUGCAGCAAACUGAUGGAAAUAAUAAUGUCUUUCACCUUGUAACCAAUGCUACUUAACUUUAAUUCUUUGAUAAUUACAUUUUGUAUUUGAGGUGGCACUGACCAAUGUGAACCUUUCUGCUAUAUUUUCUUUCCUGCUGAAAGCUUUCUUUAAGCACACUGCUUUCUUGCUUCGUUUCCUACAUUGUACUAGGAUUCAACAUGGCGUGACAUUCCUACUUCCAGUCUCCAGGAUGAUGAUAUGGAAAUUUUAACAAAGUCAUGAUACCUAAGGAGGUCACACUAUUAGAGCAGUAGAUAGGAGCAAGAGGCACCCUGCAGCAACUGGCAGAUGUCUUUAACAGUCCUGGAAGAGAAUGUUCAUGUGCUAUCAUAGUGAGUCACCAGCCUUUAAGCCCAAACUGACAUUGAUAUUAACAUAAGAAUGAAUAUAAUGAUGUGGUCCCUGGAUUUGGCUCUGUAAUACACACUUUAUCAUUUACUAUCUUGUGCUUCUGGCCAUACCAGCUUGGAAAGUGCUUCACUAAUUUCAGGGCCCAUAAAGCUUGUGUAGCCUCCCAGCCACUCCUGCUGGAGUGCAGGGUAUGCAGGGGGUGCUGGAUGGAUGGGAUGACUUUGCUGUUCCUUCUUGAGUUAGCUAGGACUGUUACCUCUUCUCCAUCUCUUUUUUGACUUUGAAGGGAAAGACAGAAUACAGUGUGAGAAUGUUUUGAUUAUGGGUUAGAUUCUUGGCUAACACUUGAUUUUUGAUUGAAGGGAGGCUAUGUCACCUCCUGUCAGCUAAGAAUUUGGUCUGUGGUGUUUUGUGACACUGCUACUGUCAACAAAGUGUUACUGCCUUGUUUCUUAUCAUGUUGUUAGUGCAUUUCUGUUUCCAACUACUGUGACACUUAUGGCAUGUGUCAGACUGGAGUAACCUGUUCCUUUUUGUAGCAGUUGUGCCUACUGUGUUUUUACAUGAGAGCACAAUGGAACUUCUUUAGUGUUUGCAGAAAAUAGGUCUCCAAGCAACACAUGCACUAAUUUCCUCAAAGGUAUAGAUCCAGGGUGAUGUGAGUACCUUAUCUCAUCUCUAUAUAUUUUCUGUUACUGCUGACCGUUUACCAUGUCCCAGGUGCACAGUAUGAUGGUCUCACUUCAGGACUAAUGCAAUGUUCUCAUAGUUGCCUGUUUAGAACUAGUAUGUACAAAAUGUCCUUUUUGUAGCUGGUGAUUUUAAUAAAAAGUGAAGUAAAUUGCACCCUUAUAAA